GCAACCGAGUUGUCCUGAACCGGGGAAGUGUAUAAACAUUGCCACAGAUGCACAAUUAGAUCAGGAAGAAGAAUAGAACAGAAAAUAGAAACUUCCAGCCUUAUAUAAUUCUGGGCCAAAACGUUACUAGGAACCCGGGCCCGUGCCCAACCCCGGCCCUGCCAGCCGGGCAGCACCAGUUCUCUCCUGGGGCCCCAGUGGAAGGGAGGGGUGAAGGGGGGCCUGCCCGCCAUGGGCCCAGCUGGCAUGGCCCACCACCAGGUAGGGUGAGAGGCCACCUCCACUGAAACAGCUGCGGAUGCUGACAGGCAAAUCCUGCCUCUCACCAGCCUAUCCUGCUCCUUGGAAGUGGAAAGGCAGGAGGGCACCUGGCUUUAACAGAGCACCUCCCAUCUCCUGGGGUCCUGCGAGGCGGGAUUUUGAUCCCCAUUUUACAGAUGAGGAAACUGAGGCUCGGUGAGUUAAAAUAAGUUAUUCGAGGAUAUAAAGCUACAUGAUGGGGCGUCUGCCUCCGCUACUCCAGGUCUCCACACCAUGAACUAUUCGAUAUUGACAGCACCUGGGGCUGAAGAGUUAGCCAUGCCUGGAUUUGGACUCACUUACCACCUGCGAUAUGGAAAUAGGGGUGCCUACCCAGGAGCCCAAGCUCAGAGCUCCCCUCUGUCUUGAACACCACAUUGGAGCCUUCCCCCACCACUGCUCCCAACAAGUCUGGGGUCAGGACAGGAACUGAGCUGGGGCCAUGGGUCCCAGCCCUACCCAACAGAACCUUCUCCCAUGAUGAAGUGCCCUAUAUCUGCUCUGACCAGCAUGGCAGCCACCAGCCACAUGUGGCCCCUGGGGAACUGAAGCGAAUAUUUUAUUUCAUGUUAACUAAGUGUAAGAGCCACAGGGGGCCAGUGGCUGCUGAGUUGGACUGCACAGGAGAAUGUCCAUCCCCGAGAGACCCAAGAGGGCAGAGGCUGGACCCAGGGAGAUGAGCAGGGGCCCAGAGCAUUCACGACUCCCUCUGUUCAGGGCAAGUGGGACAAAUGUCGGGAGGACGAUGCCGAGAUGGGCAUCAGGAAGCCUCCAGAACAUCGGAACAUCAAGCAAAGGAGACCCGGUUGUGCAGCGGGAGUUGGGGAGGGAGGACGUGAGAGGCUGAGACUAGGACCUGGAUCCUGGUGGCCUCGGCUUCUGGUCCAGCAGCCCUCAAUCCUGGAGCUGGGCUGGCCGUGGAGGCACCGGCUCAGGCCCCUGCACUCCCUCCCUGUCGGCAGGACCACCUUAACUUUCUCUGCACAGGAUGGAAGCCUUGCGUCCUGGUCCAGGCUCUUCCCCUCCUGAGCAUCUUUGGGCCCUGCGUCUUCCCAGGUGAGCACGCCGGCUUCAGGACAUGCACGGGCACAGCCGCAACGGGCAGGCCCACGUGCCCCGGCGGAAACGCCGCAACCGCUUCGUCAAGAAGAACGGCCAAUGCAACGUCUACUUCGCCAACCUGAGCAACAAGUCGCAGCGCUACAUGGCGGACAUCUUCACCACCUGCGUGGACACGCGCUGGCGCUACAUGCUCAUGAUCUUUUCCGCGGCCUUCCUCGUCUCCUGGCUCUUUUUCGGCCUCCUGUUCUGGUGCAUCGCCUUCUUCCACGGUGACCUGGAGGCUGGCCCGGCAGGGGCCACGACGGGGUCCCCGGCGGGAGGCGGCGGCGGCGGCGGCGGCGGCGGCGGCGGCGGCGGCGGUGGGGCGGCCCCGGCGGCCCCCAAGCCCUGCAUCAUGCAUGUGAACGGCUUCCUGGGCGCCUUCCUGUUCUCGGUGGAGACGCAGACGACCAUCGGCUACGGCUUCCGGUGCGUGACGGAGGAGUGCCCGCUGGCCGUCAUCGCCGUCGUGGUCCAGUCCAUCGUGGGCUGCGUCAUCGACUCCUUCAUGAUCGGCACCAUCAUGGCCAAGAUGGCCCGGCCCAAGAAGCGGGCGCAGACGCUGCUGUUCAGCCACCACGCGGUCAUCUCCGUGCGCGACGGCAAGCUCUGCCUCAUGUGGCGCGUGGGCAACCUGCGCAAGAGCCACAUCGUGGAGGCCCACGUGCGGGCCCAGCUCAUCAAGCCCUACAUGACCCAGGAGGGGGAGUACCUGCCGCUGGACCAGCGGGACCUCAACGUGGGCUACGACAUCGGCCUGGACCGCAUCUUCCUGGUGUCGCCCAUCAUCAUCGUCCACGAGAUCGAUGAGGACAGCCCCCUGUACGGCAUGGGCAAGGAGGAGCUGGAGUCCGAGGACUUUGAGAUCGUGGUCAUCCUGGAGGGCAUGGUGGAGGCCACUGCCAUGACCACCCAGGCCCGCAGCUCCUACCUGGCCAGCGAGAUCCUGUGGGGCCACCGCUUUGAGCCCGUGGUCUUCGAGGAGAAGAGCCACUACAAGGUGGACUACUCGCGCUUCCACAAGACCUACGAGGUGGCCGGCACGCCCUGCUGCUCCGCCCGGGAGCUGCAGGAGAGCAAGAUCACCGUGCUGCCCGCCCCGCCGCCCCCGCCAAGUGCCUUCUGCUACGAGAACGAGCUGGCCCUCAUGAGCCAGGAGGAAGAGGAGAUGGAGGAGGAGGCCGCGGCCGCUGCCGCCGUGGCCGCGGGCCUGGGCCUGGAGGCGGGCUCCAAGGAGGAGGCGGGCAUCAUCCGGAUGCUGGAGUUUGGCAGCCACCUGGAUCUGGAGCGCAUGCAAGCCACCCUCCCGCUGGACAACAUCUCCUACCGCAGGGAGUCCGCCAUCUGACCUCCAGGCCCGCCCUCGUCGCUCCCCACAAGAGCCUCUGCCGGGGUGGGAUCCCAGGACCCCCCCGCACACUCAGGACAGAGCUCACCCUGGCUCCGCGGACCUUCUGGAGGGAAGUGGGGGGGGCUUCGGAAACUGGGGGACCCCUUCUUACUGGCUCCAGAACCCAAGCCUGGGAACGGCCCAGGCUGCCUUCAGUCUGGGCAGCCCAGGUUGCCCAGCGCCCACCCACUGGUGACUCAGGGACCCCAGGCCCACCUCCCUCUUCCCACCGACCCUUCGAGGACAUUCACCCUUUGCUCUCAGAACCUUGGGGAAGGCGGCUGGACUGUUGGGGGGGGUGGGCAUCUUGGG